AUGGAAAGCGCUUCCAAUGCCCCCGUGAAUUCGCCGCGACCGGACAACACACCUACAUCGUUCCAACGAAUGAAUCGAUCGUCGAAUAGUGCAGCUGGUAGUAGCUCUAGACAAAGCGAAAUGAACAGGUUGAUUGACAACCUCGCUAACGAUGUUGGAUAUCACGAUGGUGACGGACAACGCACUCGUGAGAAUUCCCUUAAGUCCAGUGCGCGGAGGGGCGCGACACCGACACCAGCACAGUAUGUGCCUGUCACAGAUCAAAGUUGGAGAUUCCCUGGCGGUCGGGAAGCGAAAGGUGAUUUUCUCUUCUGUGUUGCGCGUAGGGAGAUGGACCGUCGACGCGACUCGCAGCCAAAUCCGACCUAUAUAUCGGAGGAGCGGUUUCCCAUUGAGGAAUUUCUGGAUUGGAGGAUAAUAGAUGGGGAUAGUGUGGUGAUCAAAGUGAGAUGGGCAGAUGGCAGCCCUGAUACUGAGGAGCCGGAGGAGAUCAUGCACAUCGACAGUCCCGAGACGCUAUUGGACUUCUGGAGACGACAUGGUGGUCGCGUUCGGGCAACUGGUCUACGAGAGCACCGCAUACUAAGGGUGCUUAAAAGCAAGGAGUCCGAGAAAGACAACAGUGAGUUACUCCUGUGUGAAUGGAUUGGACUCCCUUACACCACUUGGAUGUCUGGAGAGGAGGUCAUCGAUCUGGCUCUGGGCCAAUGGUUGGAAUUUAAAACGGGGGUUGAUAAUAUCUUCGGUUGA